CAGUUAUGGCUUGAAUACAGGGGUUAUGAGUCCGAGUUUGCCGCAUGGAUAUGGAAUGGGAACAAGGGCAUGGCAUGACUCCCUGGGGAUGGGUACGGCACAGGUCACGGCUAUGGUACAGGUCACAGCUAUCUAGGACUUGGGUAUGGCACAGGUCACGGGUAAACCCCGGUCUUGGGUAUGGACAGGUCACGGCUACCCAGGUCUUGGGUAUGGCACAGGUCACGGCUUCCCAGGCUUGGGUAUGGCACAGGUCACAGCUACCCAGGUCUUGGGUUUUGGCACAGGUCACGGCUUCCCAGGCCUUGGGUUUUGGCACAGGUCACGGCUAUGGUACAGGUCACAGCUAUCUAGGACUUAGGUAUGGCACAAGUCCUCGGGUAUGGCACGGUCUUUGGGGACGGCACAGGUCCGGCUUCCCCGGCCUUGGGUAUGGCACAGGUCACGGCUAUCACACAGGUCUCAGCUAUCCAGGUCUCGGGUACGGGACAGGUCACGGCUUCCCCGGCCUUGGGGAUGGCACAGGUCCACGGCUACCCAGGUCCCCGGGCACGGCACAGGUCACGGCUACCCAGGGCUCGGGCACGGCUUGCUGGCGGACGACGACAAGGACCACUUCACGGGCUACGCCUCCACGAACACCAUGGGUCGUCACGGGCACCAGUUCGGACGAUGACUCGCACUUCGGCGCCCCUGCCGGGUUAUGGAGGCUUCGAGUCGGUCCUGGUAUCGGAGCCUCACUUGGUACCGGAUCGGGUAUGAGCGCUUCGAUAGGUAGCGGUUCAGGUAUCGGAGCUUCAGUUUGGUAGCGGUUCUGGCAUGGGCGCUUCACUUGGUACCGGAUCGGGUAAUGAGCGCUUCGAUAGGUAGCGGUUCUGGUAUGGGCGCUUCACUUGGUACGGGCCUGGUAUCAGCGGUCUCCUUCAGACCAUCCCGGCGCACGGCUUCUAACACCAACACAGGGUAUCAUCCCGGGAGUCUAUUUGGAGGCAGCUCUGGAUACGGCAGCGGUAUCGGUAUUAGCGGUGGAUACGGAGUUGGAAAGAAAUAGAUACAUAA